GCAAUUAAAAUGCCGGACCACUUAGGAAAUGAUAUGAGAAAAGUUCAUGACGACGAUGAAAAGGAUGAUAAACCAUUCAAAGCACUGGAUGAAGGUGAUAUUGCAUUAUUGAAGACUUAUGGUGCAGGUACCUACGAUAAACGUAUCAAAGUUGCUGAUGACAGUAUACUGAGCCUUUCUAAGAAAAUUAAACAGUUGGUUGGCACCAAAGAAUCAGAUACUGGACUCGCUCCUCCAGCGAUGUGGGAUUUGCCUGCGGAUAAACAAACACUUCAGGCAGAACAACCUCUGCAAGUUGCCCGUUGCACAAAAAUCAUCAAUGCUGAAGGCGAAGAUCCACGCUAUAUCAUCAAUGUUAAACAAUUUGCUAAAUUUGUGGUAGAUUUAAAAGAUCAUGUCGCACCUACUGACAUUGAAGAGGGAAUGAGAGUUGGAGUGGAUCGCAAUAAAUAUCAAAUUCAUUUACCACUACCUCCGAAGAUUGAUCCUGCUGUUACAAUGAUGCAGGUGGAAGAUAAGCCAGAUGUGACUUAUUCAGAUGUAGGAGGAUGUAAAGAACAGAUAGAUAAAUUAAGAGAAGUUGUUGAAAUGCCGAUGUUACACCCGGAAAAGUUUGUAAAUCUGGGAAUUGAGCCCCCAAAGGGUGUCCUACUAUUUGGUCCUCCUGGAACAGGAAAAACUUUGUGUGCUAGAGCCGUGGCUAACAGAACAGAUGCGUGUUUUAUACGUGUUAUUGGCUCAGAGCUAGUACAGAAAUAUGUUGGGGAGGGUGCUCGUAUGGUAAGAGAGUUGUUUGAAUUGGCCCGUAGUAAGAAGGCAUGUAUCAUAUUUUUCGAUGAAAUCGAUGCCAUCGGUGGUGCAAGAUUUGAUGAUGGUGCUGGUGGUGAUAAUGAGGUACAAAGGACUAUGUUAGAACUUAUUAAUCAAUUAGACGGCUUCGAUCCUCGAGGGAAUAUUAAGGUUCUUAUGGCGACAAACAGACCUGACACUUUAGACCCGGCCUUAAUGCGUCCAGGUCGUCUAGAUCGAAAGGUGGAAUUUGGAUUGCCCGACCUUGAGGGAAGGUCACAUAUAUUUAAAAUUCAUGCACGAUCAAUGAACGUAGAGAAGGGAAUUCGUUAUGAAUUGCUAGCUAGGUUAUGUCCCAAUAGCACAGGAGCUGAAAUACGUAGCGUUUGUACAGAAGCAGGGAUGUUUGCUAUUAGAGCUAGGAGAAAGGUUGCAACGGAAAAGGAUUUCUUGGAAGCUGUUAAUAAAGUUAUCAAGGCAUACGCUAAAUUCAGUUCAACUCCAAAAUACAUGACAUACAAUUGA